ACACAUGCUUUCAUUGCAGAUCAUGAAGACCUCCCGUUUAAUAUGUACGGGACAUGGAAUGAGUCAUUACUUGACAAAGACGAGGCACUCGCACAGGAAAUUCACAUGCAUCUUCAAGGAAUUGGAAAAUAUGUUAGGGCUAUGGACCUUAUCAACUUCCUCGACACACCAGAGAUGUGGAAACGGAGUGGACUUAUGAAAUGGAUUCAUCUCACAACUGCACAGCGGUGGAUGAAAAAGCUUGACUACCGCUGGGCAAAGGAUCCAAAAGGUCAAUUUGUUGAUGGUCAUGAAAGGGAUGAUGUUGUGGCUUACCGACAGAAUGUUUUCCUGCCUGCAUGGGCAGCCAUCAAAGAGAAGACUCGGGAUUGGUCUUGCGGAGAUGAAGACUACCCUCGCCCAUUGCUCCAUGAGCAGAGGACAGUCGUAUGGUGGCACGAUGAGUCCACAUUCUAUGCGAAUGAUCGGUGCAAAACACAAUGGGUUCACAAAAACGAAACAGCUGUGCCCUAUGCCAAGGGGGAAGGACCUUCACAGAUGGUUGCAGAUCUCGUUUCUGCUGAUCACAGAUGGUUGCGCUCACCUGAUGGAAAAGAGGAGGCUCAUGUCUUCUUCAAAGCAGGUAAAAAUUGGGACAGGUACUUCACAAAUGAUGACAUUCUCGAGCCAGCCGAAAAAGCGAUGGACAUUCUUGAGAAGCACUACGCCAAUGAAAGUCAUGUCCUCGUGUUUGACAAUGCCACGACUCACCUAAAACGCACUGACUGGAGCUCUCUCAGCAACAAAGAUGCCAAAAUGAACAUCGAAGCCUGGAUCUAA